ACGUAUGGCGAACAUGCCGAGUAUGGCAUCGCAACUCGUCAACGGCGUUCUGCCUUUUCUUUCUCUCGGUUUACCUGCUGUGUCUCAGAGUAUCCCCGGUGCAAGCUUGUUCACUGGCGGUGGUUUACCGGGCUCAGGAGCAUAUGAAUUGGUUGAUGACUACCAACCAAGUGUGUUCUUCAGUAAAUUCAACUUCUACAAUAUAUGUGAACGAAUCCGUUGCCAAUACAAAUGGUUACGCGACUACGAACAACGACAGCGUUACAAUCAGUGUAGAUACAACGAACUUAUGGCCGAAUGGUGGACCAGGAAGGCCAGCUGUCAGAAUUAUCAGCGACAACACAUAUACUCACGGUCUCUUCGUCUUGGAUCUGAGCCACAUGCCGUAUGGUUGUGGAACCUGGCCAGCAUUUUGGCUACUUGGACCAGAUUGGCCAGGAAAUGGCGAAAUAGGUGGGCAAAGCUGCAUUUGAGUGCUAACAUUCCACUAAGCGAUUCCAGAUAUCAUCGAAGCAAUGCAAAUGGUAACUCUGGAUGUGGAAGCAUGGCCAAUGGUACUGCAACUCCCAACAACUACGGCCAAGGACUUAGCGACAACGGUGGUGGUGUUUACAUUACCGAAUGGACCUCAGCUUUCGUUCGUGUUUGGUUCUUUCCUCGUGACGGUAUUCCUUCGAGUGUGGCUGAGGGCUCUCCCGACGUUACUGAGUUUGGAUUACCCAUGGCGAACUUCCAAGGUUCCUGCGACAUUGACUCUCAUUUCGCUAACCACAGUAUCAUCAUCAAUACUGAUUUCUGUGGUGCAUGGGCUGGAUUCGCUUAUUCGAACUUCCCAGAGUGUCCAUUGACGCCUGGCAUGAAUGGCUACGAUUCCUGUGUGGACUAUGUUGGCAACAACCCGCAGGCCUUCGUACAGGCGUACUGGGAGAUCAACUCGAUCAAGGUUUACCAGUUGCCUGUCAACGUGGCAUCAUCUUCUGUUCCAACCAGCACUGCACCAUUGACUUCGUCUUCGCCUAUUAGUGUCAGUGGCAGCAUCAUCAAUCCUGUAAUGGGCCAGUCCACGUCGUCUUUGCCUCUCUCGGUGCCGUACACUGGGCCACUUUCUUCUGUAUCUUCUACUGUCUCGUCCUCAGCUACCGCAUUGGCCACUCCACUCAUCUGUUUCCCAUACGACGGCAAGAAUUGGACAGAUUACAACGGAAUUUCGUAUACCAUCAGCUGUGGAUACGAUCUCACUGGUCAAAGCCUGAACGGUGAUGGUCAAUCAGUUGAUAGCUUCGAAGCUUGCAUCGAGCUGUGCGAUGGCACAGUUGGAUGUGGUGGAGUUACUCACCUUGGCGGUAAUGGAGCAGGCACUUGCACUCUGAAGACCGGCAAAGGCACUCUCCAAUACGAUGGUCAUACUUUCGUCGCUCUGGUCAUCUCCAACAGCUCUAGUGCCUCUUCGACGCUAUCGGCAGCGACUGCAACAAUCUCUCUUUCCUCUAGUCCUCCGAAGACUGCCACACUCCAACCAACUGCACAGGCAUCGACUUGCCCUGAAGCUAAUAACGCUGUGUACGUGGACGAAAACGUGGUUCCCUAUAUCGUGUAUUGCUCCUCGGAUACAGACGUCAGUACAUUUAAUGAAACCAUGGUUCACAGUGGUGGGUUUGCGGCCUGCUUCACCAUCUGCGAUGUCACACCAGAUUGCGUUGGUUUUACCUUCGAAGGUACAUCGGCAGGCACCUGCAGUUUCAAGAACCAGUUUGGUAGCCCCUCUUCAGCUGCCUCCAACUUCGUUGUCGCUUUUCUCUCGCAAGGUCAAAAUUCGACUUCAAAUUCCUCAGGUGCAGCUUCCUCUACUUCGUCCGCAACGAGUUCUGUUGUGCUGCCUAGUUUGUCGGCAUACGAAAGCACCUCCUCGGCUUUAGCAAGCAGUAGUUCGUCCUCUAUCCAGAGCUCUCUUGCUUUGAGCUCGAGUGUUCCUGCUAUAACAUCGAGUGCUGCUGUCUCGUCCUCAGCAUCUUCAAUUUCCUCUUCUACAUCGUCGGUCACCUCGACUUUGCCAUUAACAACCUCCUCUGAAAGCCCUCAAAUCGUCUACUACGUUGCUCCACCAUGUCCCUCAUCCGCGGACAACAUCUGCAAUUUCAACACACCGACGACCUGUUCUAAUGCUCGUGGCGCAAACUUCGACGUCGCUUGUGGAAAUUCGUACACGGGAACCACGAUUGACAACAACAGCAGAGUACGCAUCAUGAAGCGUGUGACUGAGCCAUCAUAUACCGACUGUCUUGAUCUGUGUGACGAUACAGAUGGUUGUGUCGGUGUCAACUACAAAGGAGACGAGUGCACCCUAUUCAGUCAGAUCACGGGUACUGUUCCUGAUCCUGACAAUGUCGCUGCUACGCUCUUGCCUCCCGUACCAGUCACGUCAACAUCUGCUUCUACAUCGUCACCGACUGCGUCUACACUUCCGACCUCCAGCUCCAUCUCGGCAUCUAGCUCCCCGCCUGCUUCCUCUUCAUCAGUCGUGUCGUCAGCCACACUGUCAACUGCGUCUUCGAUCACAUCUCCAAUCACGUCAUCAACCCAAUCGUCGAGUGUAUCGUCAUCUGUAUCAUCGACUGUUUCGUCGCCUGCUGCUGGUCCGACGUGUCCGGGAGCUGCUGGUCAGACCUACACAGACUCGAACGGAGCCAAUUACACUGUCGCCUGUGACAUGAAUGUUCAAGGAGGUGAUCUUUCUAGUGCAUACCGCGCCGCUUCUCUUCUGGGUUGUUUGCCUAGCUGCGAUGUCACGACAGGCUGUAUAGGUGUAGUCUACGACACGUCGUCCUCUUCCUGUCAGAUGAAGUCUACCUUCACCGGUACUCAGGUGCCUGGCGCAAACUUCAUCAUCGCUGUACGCGUGGGCGCGACAGAUCCUGGUCUCUCGUCAUCAUCAUCAAGCUUGACAAGCUCCUCUUCGUCUUCAGGAACCAGUCUCUCUAGUGUCGGCUCUAGCAGCAUUUAUCCUGCAAGUGCGACGGUCACUGUUGUCAGUACGUUUGUCACAACUGGGGUGCCUCCCAGCGGCAGUAUGGCUUCUGGUAGCGUGAGUACAGGCUCAGGCUCUUUGUGCUUCACUUGCUUCUUGACCCCCACUGUAGUGACUGGAGGUGGCACAUAUGAGUCUCCUCCCGUGGCUUCUAACACUGGCGGUGCAUGCUCUGCUCAAUCCCCUAGCUCUUUUGGAACGACGACUGUGUUCAUGACCGAAACAGUCACUGCUUGCCCAACUCCAGGCAUGUGUCCGCCCGAAGGCUUUGGGUGGGGUGGCACACUAUUCGGAUCCAAUUUCAGCAGUUUCAGCAUGGCUUCCCAAAGCUCUUUCGCAUCCAUGGGUGGUGGAUCUGGAGGGCCUCCUACCUCGACUAUCAUCGUUACCAACUCUGCCGCACCAAGUGCCGGAGCAUCAGCAACGCCAGUCUGCCCGGGUUCAGAUGGUGCACUCUUCACUGAUAGCAUGGGUCAAGUUUACGAGAUUGGUUGCCGACGAGUCAUUACUGACCAAACACUCUCAACCUCUAAUGUGUCUUCCCUGGCCUCUUGUAUCAGUGCUUGCGACAUGUACAACCUACAGAGCUUCAACUCUCCCAGCUUGUGUCUGGGUGUUUCUUUCUAUACAGGUCUCACUGUUGGUCCAGGCACGGGACCUGGAACUGGCCCCGGAACUGGCCCAGGAACCGGCCCUGGAUCUACAGUUUAUGCUGUCUCGACUGCCGUAUCGACCAUUGUCUCCAACGGACAAACGAUCCUCUCAACAUAUGGAGUGAGCACAGCAGUCAGCGUUGUAUACCAGCCGGCAAGUACACGAACAGUGACCACGACCACGAUUUCCGUAUCGGUGUCUGUUUCCGAACGCACUAUUGUCUCCACAGCGCCAGGAGCCACAGUUUCGGUGGGUGGCGGUACUGGAGGAGGUGGACAAGUGGUCACGAUCACCGCUGGUGGUGGCAACUACAUCACGGUCACACAGGUCAUAACGAGCUACGCCCAGCCUACAAGCUCCCCUUCAUCUUUCACCUGUAGAACAUACGCCACAAACUACCUCAAUGGUAUGCAUGGUCGUAAGUUGUUGAAGAAAAGAAGUGUUUUCGAUCAUCAUGGAAUUGGUCAGUCUGAUCCCAUGGCGCCGACUUCUGGAGCUGCACCA